UGUCAGUUGUCAACUCUCGCACGUCAGACAUUUGUCAAAACUCAAAAGUCUGUAUUUACUUUUUGUAGGAGUAGAGUAAAUAACGUAACUUGAAAUAUAUUUUAUAGGACUUUAUUAAUAGGGCUGCCCCACCUUCUGCCGAUAUUUAUUGAGAAUAAUUAUAUUGAAAUGAUAGUAUUGUUGUUUGUCUGGGAAAUGACAAAUUAACCCACUGCAUUUAUAGUAGGUAAUUUCCCGUUCAGAGUUCAUAAUGGCUGGAAACGAUAGAGUGUCUCUAAAUGAUGCUUUAUCAAAUGUAGAAGUACUGGAUGAAUUGCCUCUACCUGAUGAACAGCCUUGCAUAGAAGCCCAACCAUGUUCUGUAGUUUAUCAAGCUAAUUUUGAUACAAAUUUUGAAGACAGAAAUGGAUUUGUGACAGGAAUAGCUAAAUACAUAGAGGAGGCUACAGUUCAUGCCAGUCUGAAUGAACUUUUAGAGGAAGGGCAGGAGCAUGCUGUUAUGCUUUAUACAUGGCGCUGUUGCUCUAGAGCUAUUCCCCAACCCAAAUCCAAUGAACAGCCCAACAGAGUUGAAAUAUAUGAAAAAACUGUAGAGGUUCUUGCUCCAGAAGUCAAUAAGUUGUUGAAUUUCAUGUACUUUCAGAGAAAAGCAAUAGAGAGGUUCUCACAAGAAGUAAAACGCCUAUGUCACACAGAAAAGCGUAAAGAUUUUGUAUCUGAAGCAUAUUUGUUGACUCUAGGAAAGUUUAUAAACAUGUUUGCAGUGUUAGAUGAACUGAAAAACAUGAAAUCCAGUGUUAAAAAUGACUAUUCAACAUAUCGCAGGGCUGCCCAGUUUUUGAAGGUCAUGUCUGACUCACAGACUUUACAAGAGUCUCAGAACCUGUCAAUGUUUCUAGCUACCCAAAAUAAAAUUCGUGACACAGUUAAAGAAAACUUGGAAAAAAUAUCAGGUUAUGAAGAAUUAUUGGCAGAUGUUGUUAAUAUUUGUGUUCAUAUGUUUGACACAAGAAUGUAUUUAACACCCAGUGAGAAACAUAUGUUAGUGAAAGUGAUGGGAUUUGGAUUAUUCCUCAUGGAUAGUGAAUUGUGUAAUAUCAACAAACUAGACACUAAGAAAAAGUUGAGGUUGGACAAAAUAGACAGAAUUUUCAAAAAUUUAGAAGUAGUUCCAUUGUUUGGAGACAUGCAAAUAGCUCCCUUCAAUUACAUAAAAAGAAGCAAGCAUUUUGAUGCAAAUAAAUGGCCUUUGUCUAGUAGCAAUACACCAUCUCCUCAGGCAGAUCUUAUGGUCCAUUUGCCCCAAAUUCGUGAAGAUCAUGUUAAAUAUAUCAGUGAGUUGUCAAGAUACAGUAAUGAAGUGACUACUACUUACAAGGAGUGUGGUAGUGACACUGAAAACAAGGAGACAGCAGAUUUAGCCCUGAGGGGACUACAGUUACUGUCUGAAUGGACCAGUGUUGUAACUGAAUUGUAUUCCUGGAAAUUAUUACAUCCAACUGAUCAUCAUCAGAAUAAAGAAUGUCCCAAAGAGGCAGAGGAAUAUGAAAGGGCUACAAGAUACAACUAUACUGAUGAAGAAAAAUUUGCCCUUAUUGAAGUUAUAGCAAUGAUAAAAGGUUUGCAAGUUUUGAUGGCAAGGAUGGAAACUGUUUUCACUGAUGCAAUUAGGCGUAAUAUAUAUGCUGAACUACAAGAUUUUGUGCAAUUAAUUUUAAGAGAACCUUUGAGGAAGGCAAUCAAAAACAAGAAAGAUCUCAUAAGAAGCAUAAUCAUGUCUGUAAGAGAAACUUGUGCUGAUUGGCCAAGACAAUUUGAUCCAGUGCAAGACCCAGUUCUGAAAGGUAAAAAAGAUCCAGAAACUGGUUUUAAUAUAAAAGUUCCUAGGCGUAAUGUUGGUCCUUCCUCUACACAAUUGUAUAUGGUACGUACCAUGUUGGAAUCACUGAUUGCUGACAAAUCAGGUGGUAAGAGAACUUUAAGGAAGGAUAUUGAUGGUCAGUACUUGAUGCAAAUUGAUCAGUUUCAUAAAACAUCUUUCUAUUGGAAUUACCUGUUGAGUUUCAGUGAAUAUCUUCAGAAAUGUUGUGAUCUAUCCCAGUUAUGGUACAGAGAAUUUUAUCUAGAAAUGACAAUGGGUAGGCGAAUCAAUAAAUGUACUGUUCGGCACCACCACAAUGAAGAAUGCAGUGAUUUGAUAACAAUGGAAAAAAGAAUACAAUUCCCAAUUGAUAUGUCAAUGCCAUGGAUUUUGACUGAUCACAUUCUGAAGACAAAAGAACCCUCUAUGAUGGAAUAUGUUCUAUACCCUCUGGACUUGUACAAUGACAGUGCAUUAUAUGCUUUGACAAUAUUCAGAAAACAGUUUCUGUAUGAUGAAGUUGAAGCCGAGGUGAAUUUAUGCUUUGACCAGUUCGUUUAUAAGCUGAGUGAACAAAUAUUUGCCUAUUAUAAACAAUUAGCUGCAAGUAUAUUCCUUGAUAAGCGUUUCCGGGUUGAGUGCUCAGCUAUUGGUGCUUAUUUGUUACCCUAUCCGAGAGCUAACCGUUAUGAAACUUUGUUGAAACAGAGACAUGUGCAAUUACUAGGUAGAUCUAUAGAUUUAAACAAGCUGAUAACCCAAAGAAUAAAUGCUGAUAUGCAGAAAUCACUAGAUUUAGCUAUCAGCAAAUUCGAAGCUGGAGACAUAACUGGAGUUAUUGAAUUAGAGGGAUUAUUACAGGUGAAUCGUCUAUGUCAUAAGUUAUUGAGUAAAUUGCUGGCGCUAGACGAUUUUGAUUCCAUGUUCAGAGAAGCUAACCACAAUGUUCUAGCGCCUUAUGGUAGGAUAACUCUACACGUUUUCUGGGAACUCAAUUAUGAUUUCUUACCUAACUAUGUCUACAAUGCUGCUACCAACAGGUUCACUAAAUAUCGUGGGAUAGCAUUUGCAGCUGCCGUGUCUCGCGAUAGACCACCACAAAUGUCGCACCACUAUCUUUGGGGCACUAAGCAGUUGAAUUUGGCCUACACAACACAGUAUAGCCAAUAUUCAGGUUUUGUUGGUCCACAACAUUUCCACACCAUGUGUAAACUUUUGGGCUAUCAAGGCAUCGCUGUAGUCAUGGAAGAACUACUGAAAAUCGUUAAGAGCUUGAUACAGGGGAGCUUACUGCAAUUCACCAAAGCACUCAUGGAAGCUAUGCCAAAAAUUUGCAAACUACCAAGAUAUGACUAUGGUUCACCGGGAGUUUUGGGCUAUUAUCACGCCCAGCUCAACGAUAUCGUGCAAUAUCCAGACGCCAGGACGGAGCUGUUCCACAAUUUCAGAGAAUUCGGAAAUAUCAUAUUGUUCUGUCUGCUCAUGGAACAAGCUUUAUCGCAGGAGGAAGUAUGCGAUCUUCUUCAAGCUGCACCAUUCCAGAAUAUUCUUCCAAGACCUUACUGUAAAGAGGGUGAAAAGUUGGAAGCCAAACAAAAACGCUUAGAAGCCAAAUAUCAAGCUCUCCAAAUAGUGCCGAACAUCGAGAAAUUAGGCACGGCCAAACAGGCCAUGAUAUCGCGUGAGGGCGACUUGCUCACCAGAGAAAGACUUUGCUGUGGACUCUCCAUUUUCGAAGUGGUCUUGAACAGGCUGAGGAGUUUCUUGGACGACCCUGUAUGGGUGGGGCCUCCACCCACGAAUGGGGUCAUGAAUGUCGAUGAGUGCACUGAAUUCCAUCGUCUGUGGUCCGCCUUACAAUUUGUUUAUUGCAUUCCGGUUAGCGAAAACGAAUAUACGGUCGAAGAAAUGUUCGGAGAAGGGCUACAUUGGGCAGGUUGUACAAUGAUUGUUUUACUGGGACAACAGAGAAGAUUUGAAGCGCUUGAUUUCUGCUAUCAUAUAUUGAGGGUACAGAGGGUGGAUAUGAAAGAUGAGACUGUCAAAGGAAUAAAUCUUAAGAGAAUGGUGGAUCGCAUUAGAAGGUUCCAAGUAUUAAACUCGCAGAUAUUCGCAAUACUCAAUAAAUUUUUGAGAUCUGGUGAGAGUGACGAAUUAUCUGUUGAGCAUGUUAGAUGUUUUCCACCUCCGAUACAUCCUACUUUGAAUCCUCAGCAACAUUAUCAUGCUCCUGAACAUUUGCGGCAGUGCUGAGAGCUUAGGUAGGUAUAUUGUACAUUUUCCAUUUCAAGAGAAUUAUAUUCGGAGAAUUAUUAUUUAUUAGUUUUUAAUGCGUAUUUAGAAUUUUUAUAGACUUGUUGGAAUAUGUGUAUUGACAUUUUGUAAUCUUUUAUAAUAAUAUUUAUAAUUUAUGAAUUCACUGUAUAUGUAAAUAUAUAACAUGAUCCAUGAUAUUUGUUUAAAGUGAAACGUCAUGCUUAAACCCAUCAUAUAUUCAACAA